AGCCAGAGGAAGUGAGGCUCAGACAGAGCAGCUGCCGUUCCAGCAACAGCAGCAACUGCCGCACCCUUGAAAGGAGGCCUCUGCCGUGUGGACGCGCACGAUAAAAUGGGAUUCUGACACUUCAUGACAUGUCAUUAUCUAGAGCAAUAAUGAAUAUUGAUCUGUUUUGGAAUAGUUGACCUUUGGAAAUGAUCCAAUAAUAUCUACUACAGAGAAGCGGAAUAUACUCUAUUUGGAGUGAACAGCCCAGAUUGUUACUGAAUUUUCAAGAUGACAGAUCCAAUGAUGGACUUUUUCGAUGAUGCCAAUCUCUUUGGUGAGACCUUAGAAAGUUUGUCAGAUGAAGCAUUUGUACAACCAGGACCUGUUUCACUAGUUGAUGAAUUGAACUUGGGUGCAGAAUUUGAACCUUUGCAUAUAGAUUCACUGAACCAUGUUCAGGGUACUCCAACACAUCAGAAGAUGACUGAUUUUGAACAGUUAAAUCAGUUUGAUUCAAUGAAAUUUCAUCAAGUUAAUCAGUCUUUUGGUAGUCCAGCUGAACAUGUGUUAUCUCCUCACUCUCAGUAUAAUUGUUCUCCGAUCCACCCCCAAAAUCAACCCAAUGGUUUGUUUCCAGAUGUAGCAGAUGGCAGUCCAAUGUGGGGCCACCAGACAGCUACUAGCAUUUCAAAUCAAAAUGGAUCUCCUUUUCACCAACAAGGACAUUCACAUUCUAUGCAUCAGAAUAAAAGCUUCGUGGCACACCAUGACUUUGCCUUAUUUCAGGCCAAUGAACAGCAAACACAGUGCACUUCACUACGAUCACAGCAAAACAGAAAUAAUCUCAACCCAGGGCAAAAUUCUCUUAGCCAGUCUAAAAACUUUAUGAAUGUUAAUGUUUCUGGUCCACACAGAGUCAAUGUUAACCACCCACCACAAAUUACUAAUGCAUCUAAUUCACAGCAGUCUCUUUCAAUGCAGCAAUUUUCUCAAACGUCAAAUCCUUCAGUACACUUCCUCAAGUGUAGCAGUCAUCAAGAAGGAAGUUUUAAUGGACCUUCCCCAAAUAUGACUUCUUGUUCUGUCAGUAAUUCACAGCAGUUUUCUUCACAUUAUUCCUUUUCCAGUAAUCAUAUAUCACCAAACAGUCUCCUUCAGUCCUCUGCAGUUCUUGCACCUAAUCAUACAAAUCAGACUUUAUCUGAUUUUACUGGAAGUAAUUCCUUUUCACCUCAUAGAGGAAUCAAGCAAGAAUCCACUCAGCAUGUCCUAAACCCCAGUACAUCAUUGAAUUCAAAUAAUUUCCAAAUGUUGCAUUCGUCACAUCCUCAGGGUAAUUAUAGCAAUUCAAAAUUAUCUCCUGUGCACAUGAACUUCCCAGAUCCUGUUGACUCAGGAACUCAAAUGGGCCAUUUCAAUGAUCAUGUAGAAACUAAUGGCUUUUCAUCUUUAGAAGAGAAUUUACUUCAUCAAGUGGAAUCUCACACUGAGCCAUUCACAGGACUUGACCCAGAGGACCUCCUUCAAGAGGGUCUUCUUCCCCAAUUUGAUGAGUCAACAUUUGGACAAGAUAAUUCAAGUCACGUUUUAGAUCAUGACCUUGAUCGGCAAUUUACUUCACAUCUUGUAACAAGGCCUUCUGAUAUGACUCAGACUCAGUUGCAAAGUCAGGCUCGGAAUUGGCAUUCAUCAUUUUCUAAUCAUCAGCAUUUACAUGACAGAAAUCGCCUGUGUUUACAGCGACAGCCUCCAUCUUCCAAGAAGAGCGAUGGUUCUGGGACAUAUACUAAGUUGCAGAAUACCCAGGUGAGGGUCAUGUCUGAGAAGAAGCAGAGAAAAAAGGUGGAAUCAGAAAGCAAGCAAGAAAAGGCUAAUCGCAUAAUCUCAGAGGCCAUAGCAAAAGCAAAGGAGCGUGGGGAACGCAAUAUUCCACGAGUAAUGAGCCCUGAAAACUUUCCUAGUGCUUCAGUUGAAGGAAAAGAGGAAAAGAAAGGUAGAAGGAUGAAAUCCAAGCCAAAGGACAAAGACAACAAAAAAACAAAAACUUGUUCUAAGUUAAAAGAGAAGACAAAAAUUGGCAAACUCAUUAUUACAUUGGGUAAGAAACAAAAAAGAAAGAAUGAGUCUUCAGAUGAAAUAUCUGAUGCAGAGCAGAUGCCACAGCAUACAUUCAAAGAUCAAGACUCUCAAAAAAGAAGAUCAAAUCGACAAAUUAAAAGAAAAAAAUAUGCAGAAGAUGCAGAAGGGAAACAAUCUGAAGAAGAGGUUAAAUGCUCUGUGAAAAUAAAAAAGAAUUCAGCUCCUUUGCCUGGCGAACAGCCUUUACAAUUAUUUGUGGAGAAUCCGAGUGAAGAAGAUGCUGCAAUUGUAGACAAAAUAUUAUCUUGUAGAAUUGUAAAAAAGGAAAUAUCACCUGGAGUGAUGAUUGAUACAGAAGAAUUUUUUGUAAAAUACAAGAAUUACUCCUAUCUUCACUGUGAGUGGGCCACAGAACAGCAACUUUUGAAAGAUAAAAGGAUCCAGCAGAAAAUCAAACGAUUCAAAUUGAGACAAGCACAAAGAGCACAUUUUUUUGCAGACAUGGAAGAAGAACCAUUUAACCCAGACUACGUUGAAGUAGACAGAGUAUUAGAAGUCUCUUUUUGUGAAGAUAAGGAUACUGGUGAGCCUGUUAUUUACUACUUAGUAAAAUGGUGCUCAUUGCCAUACGAAGAUAGUACUUGGGAACUAAAAGAAGAUGUAGAUCUUGCAAAAAUAGAGGAGUUUGAACAACUGCAAGCUUCAAGGCCUGACACAAGACAUUUGGACCGUCCUCCCUCUAAUAUUUGGAAGAAAAUAGAUCAAUCCAGGGACUAUAAAAAUGGCAAUCAACUCAGGGAAUAUCAACUCGAAGGACUCAACUGGCUCUUGUUCAAUUGGUACAAUAGACGCAACUGCAUUUUAGCAGAUGAAAUGGGUCUUGGCAAAACCAUUCAAUCAAUUACAUUCCUCUACGAAAUCCUUCUGACUGGUAUAAGAGGACCUUUCCUGAUUAUUGCUCCACUUUCUACUAUUGCAAACUGGGAGAGAGAAUUUCGUACGUGGACUGAUAUUAAUGUUGUGGUUUAUCAUGGGAGCCUGAUUAGCAGACAGAUGAUACAGCAAUAUGAGAUGUACUUCAGGGACUCACAGGGGCGUAUCAUUCGAGGAGCUUACAGAUUCCAAGCCAUCAUCACCACUUUUGAAAUGAUUCUUGGGGGCUGUGGAGAGCUUAAUGCAAUUGAAUGGCGAUGUGUGAUUAUUGAUGAAGCACAUAGGUUAAAAAAUAAAAAUUGUAAACUCCUAGAAGGUCUGAAACUCAUGAAUCUGGAACACAAGGUGCUUUUGACCGGCACACCUCUCCAAAAUACAGUUGAAGAACUAUUUAGUCUUCUUCACUUUCUUGAACCCUUAAGAUUUCCUUCCGAAUCAACAUUUAUGCAAGAAUUUGGUGAUCUGAAAACAGAGGAACAGGUGCAGAAACUUCAAGCUAUCCUGAAACCAAUGAUGUUGAGACGAUUAAAAGAAGAUGUGGAAAAGAAAUUGGCACCUAAGGAAGAAACCAUCAUCGAAGUGGAACUUACCAACAUUCAAAAGAAAUACUACCGGGCUAUUUUGGAGAAAAACUUUUCAUUUUUAUCCAAAGGAGCAGGACAAACUAAUGUACCUAACUUGGUCAAUACUAUGAUGGAGCUCAGGAAGUGCUGUAAUCAUCCAUAUCUUAUCAAAGGUGCUGAGGAAAAAAUACUUGGAGAAUUUAGAGAUACAUAUAAUCCAGGUGCUUCUGAUUUUCAUCUUCAAGCAAUGAUCCAGUCUGCUGGUAAAUUGGUCCUUAUUGAUAAAUUGCUUCCCAAAAUGAAAGCAGGAGGUCAUAAAGUGCUCAUCUUCUCUCAGAUGGUACGCUGCCUUGACAUCUUAGAGGACUAUCUCAUACAUAAAAGAUACUUAUAUGAGCGAAUUGAUGGCAGAGUCAGAGGGAAUCUUCGACAAGCUGCUAUAGAUCGAUUUAGUAAACCUGAUUCAGAUCGAUUUGUUUUUCUCCUGUGUACCCGAGCUGGUGGGUUGGGCAUCAACUUAACUGCAGCUGAUACAUGUAUAAUUUUUGAUUCUGAUUGGAAUCCUCAAAAUGACCUUCAGGCCCAAGCUCGUUGCCACAGAAUUGGUCAGAACAAAGCGGUUAAAGUCUACAGACUGGUAACUCGUAACUCGUAUGAGAGAGAGAUGUUUGACCGAGCCAGCCUGAAACUGGGCCUGGAUAAGGCUGUGUUACAGAGCAUGAGUGGAAGAGAAAGUAACGUUGGCGGUAUUCAACAGCUUUCCAAAAAGGAAAUAGAAGACUUGCUUCGAAGAGGUGCUUAUGGUGCCAUUAUGGAGGAAGAAGACGAAGGCUCUAAAUUCUGUGAAGAGGACAUCGAUCAGAUUUUACUGCGUCGUACAAAAACUAUCACAAUUGAAUCAGAAGGACGUGGGUCAACAUUUGCUAAGGCGAGUUUUGUGGCAUCUGGAAACCGGACAGAUAUUUCUUUAGAUGAUCCCAACUUCUGGCAAAAAUGGGCUAAAAAGGCAGAAAUAGAUAUAGAUGCCAUCAGUGGCAGAAACAGCUUGGUUAUUGACACUCCAAGAAUUAGGAAGCAAACAAGACCCUUUAGUGCCACGAAAGAUGAAUUGGCUGAAUUAUCUGAAGCUGAAAGUGAAGGAGAUGAAAAGCCCAAACUUCGGAGACCCUGUGACCGUUCCAAUGGCUACGGAAGAACUGAGUGCUUUAGAGUCGAGAAAAACCUACUAGUUUAUGGGUGGGGCCGAUGGAGAGAGAUUCUAUCUCAUGGCCGUUUUAAAAGGCAGCUAAAUGAGCACGAUGUAGAAAUAAUUUGCCGAGCCCUCUUAGCAUAUUGCCUUGUUCACUACCGAGGAGAUGAGAAAAUUAAAGGUUUCAUAUGGGAUCUCAUUACUCCAACUGAAGAUGGGCAGACACGAGAGCUACAAAAUCACCUAGAAAACUCUUUUAUAUACGGUAAUAAUAAGAUUCAUUUAAUCAAGGUUUUGCUUCGUGUGAGAAUGCUGUAUUAUCUAAAGCAAGAAGUCAUUGGAAAUGAGUGUCAGAAAGUAUUUGAUGGAGUCGAUGCAAGUGACAUUGAUGUUUGGGUACCAGAACCAGACCACUCAGAAGUUCCUGCCGAGUGGUGGGACUUUGAUGCUGAUAAGUCACUCCUUAUUGGAGUUUUUAAACAUGGUUAUGAAAAAUACAACACUAUUCGAGCAGACCCAGCAUUAUGCUUCUUGGAAAGAGUGGGGAAACCUGAUGACAAGGCGGUUGCUGCGGAACAGAGAGCAAAUGAUUAUAUGGACGGGGAUGUGGAAGAUCCAGAAUACAAACCUGCCCCAGCCAUCUUCAAAGAUGAUAUAGAGGAUGAUGUUUCCUCACCAGGAGAUCUUGUUAUAGCAGAUGGAGAUGGUCAGCUGAUGGAGGGUGAUAAAAUUUAUUGGCCUACUCAGUCAGCUUUAACCACACGUUUGAGGCGUCUCAUCACCGCAUAUCAGCGUACUAAUAAAAACAGGCAAACUCAGCAGAUACAACCAACUUUCUCAGUGCCUGCCAGUGUAAUGCAGCCUCUUUACGAAGAAGCCACUCUAAAUCCUAAAAUGGCAGCCAAGAUAGAAAGACAGCAGAGAUGGACGAGAAGAGAAGAAGCUGACUUUUACAGGGUCGUAUCUACAUUUGGAGUAGUGUUUGACCCUGACAGAGGCCAAUUUGAUUGGACAAAAUUUAGAGCUAUGGCUAGGCUGCAUAAGAAAACUGAUGAUAGUUUGGAAAAAUAUUUGUAUGCAUUCAUGUCCAUGUGUCGGAGGGUUUGUCGUCUUCCUUCCAAAGAAGAAUUGGUGGAUCCAAAUAUUUUUAUCCAACCUAUCACAGAAGAACGUGCUUCUAGGACUUUGUAUCGCAUUGAACUUCUAAGGAAAGUACGGGAACAAGCCCUCCGACAUCCACAGUUGUUCGAACGCUUGAAGCUUUGUCAUCCAAAUCCAGACUUACCAGUCUGGUGGGAAUGUGGCCCUCAUGAUAGGGAUUUGCUUAUUGGUGCUGCCAAACACGGGGUGAGCCGAACAGACUAUCACAUUCUUCGUGAUCCUGAACUCUCAUUUAUGGCAGCUCAAAGGAACUACAGUCAAAGUAAGAUGGCUCAUUCAAGGACUUCUACCCCACUUUUACAGCAAUAUCAAGUAGCACUUUCUGCUUCUCCUCUUACCUCUCUACCUAGGCUCCUUGAUGCUAAAGGUAUUAUUCUAGAGGAUAUAAAAGUUAAAAGUGAAAACCUUAAAGAGGAGCCUCAGUCUUCUGAAGAAGAAUCUAUGUCUUCUGUGGAAACCAGGACACUAAUAAAGUCUGAGCCUGUAAGUCCAAAGAAUGGUGUUUUACCACAGGCUACUGGAGACCAGAAAUCUGGUGGAAAAGGUGAAACAGACAGACGCAUGGUUGCAGCCAGAACAGAACCCCUAACUCCAAACCCAGCGUCUAAGAAACAGAGAGUCCACAAAAGAGGAUCAGAAUCUAGUUCUGAUUCUGACUCAGAAUCUGAGAGAUCAUCCUGUUCUUCCAGAUCAUCUUCUUCCUCGUCGUCCUCCUCUUCUUGUUCCCAUUCCCGAUCAGGCUCUAGUUCUUCUUCAUCCUCAUCUUGUUCUUCAGCAUCUUCUUCAUCCUCAUCCUCCUCUUCCUCCUCCUCAUCAUCCUCCUCAUCUUCAUCAGAAGAAAGUGACAGUGAAGAAGAAGAAGUCCAAAAGCGAGAAGGUACCCCCCACGUGAAAGCCUAUGACGAAGAAAGCGUUGCGUCCCUGAGCACCACCCAGGACGAGACUCAGGAUAGUUUUCAGAUGAACAACGGGACACCAGAGUCCGCUUGUAUCUUACAAGGCGGAUACAUGCUGGCAGCCUCGUAUUGGCCAAAGGAUCGUGUGAUGAUCAAUCGGUUGGACAGUAUUUGUCAAACAGUUCUGAAAGGAAAGUGGCCUUCAGCUAGAAGAAGUUACGAUGCUAACACAGUGGCUUCUUUCUAUACCACAAAACUGCUGGACAGUCCUGGAGCAGCUACAGAAUACAGUGAGCCCAGUGUACCCACUCCCCCAGGUGCCAGUGUUAAAGAAGAGCAUGAUCAGUCGACACAGAUGUCAAAGGUGAAGAAGCAUGUACGAGAAAAGGAGUUUACAGUGAAAAUCAAAGACGAAGGUGGUUUGAAGUUGACCUUUCAAAAGCAAGGGCCUGCUCAGAAAAGACCAUUGGAUAGUGAAGAUGGUGCCAUGGGGCAGCAGCAAUACCUCACUCGACUUCGGGAGCUUCAAAGUGCGUCCGAGUCCAGCCUCGCCAAUUUUCCAAAAUCUAUGCCAGUAUCAGGUACUUCCGUUCAAUCAACCCUUGGUGCCAAUGGGGUGAUACUAGACAACCAGCCUAUAGUCAAAAAAAGGCGAGGAAGGAGGAAGAAUGUAGAAGGUGUUGACAUCCUCUUUUUUAACAAAAAUAAACCACCUAAUCAUGUUACUUUAGGCUUAACCACCUCGCAGAUUUCCACAGGGAUAAAUCCAGCACUAUCCUACACUCAACCUCAAGGAAUUCCUGAUACCGAAAGUCCAGUUCCAGUUAUUAAUCUUAAAGAUGGGACAAGACUUGCAGGAGAUGACGCACCGAAGAGAAAGGAUUUGGAAAAAUGGCUUAAGGAGCACCCAGGUUAUGUGGAAGAUUUAGGAGCUUUUAUUCCUAGAAUGCAGCUUCAUGAGGGAAGGCCCAAACAAAAAAGGCAUCGUUGCAGAAACCCCAACAAAUUAGAUGUUAAUAGUCUCACUGGAGAAGAACGCGUUCAACUGAUUAACAGAAGAAAUGCUAGAAAGGUUGGAGGUGCAUUUGCCCCCCCUUUGAAAGAUUUAUGUAGAUUUCUAAAAGAAAAUUCAGAAUAUGGAGUAGCUCCUGAAUGGGGAGAUGUUGUUAAGCAAUCUGGAUUUCUUCCAGAAAGUAUGUAUGAACGUAUACUCACUGGUCCCGUUGUGAGAGAGGAAGUAAGCAGGCGGGGGAGACGGCCUAAAAGUGGAAUCGCGAAGGCCACAGUAGCAGCAGCUGCAUCUGCCACCAGUGUUUCAGGCAAUCCUUUGUUAGCCAAUGGAUUACUUCCAGGUGUGGAUCUCACAACUCUUCAGGCCUUACAACAAAACCUACAAAACUUGCAGUCACUACAAGUAACUGCAGGGCUGAUGGGAAUGCCCGCUGGCCUUUCCUCUGGAGGAGAAGCUAAAAACGUGGCUGCUAUGUUCCCCAUGCUACUGUCAGGAAUGGCUGGAUUACCAAAUCUGUUGGGCAUGGGAGGACUCCUGACAAAGCCUGCAGAAUCUGGGACAGAAGAGAAAAAGGGAAAUGACUCUAAGGAGCUAGAAGGAAAAAAAGAAAGGACAGAGAGCCAAAGUUCAGAGCAUGGUGGAGAAAACUCUGUGUCAAGUGCUCCUUCGACAUCCUCCACCGCUGCAUUGAAUACAGCUGCAGCUGCCAACCCGUUAGCUCUUAACCCACUGUUACUAUCUAACAUACUUUACCCAGGGAUGCUUCUCACUCCAGGCCUUAAUCUUCAUAUUCCAACUUUGUCCCAGUCCAAUACUUUUGAUGUACAGAAAAACAAAAACAGUGACUUAGGCUCAUCUAAGUCUGUAGAAGUAAAGGAAGAAGAUUCCAGAGUUAAAGAUCAGGAAGACAAAGGGGGUACUGAACCAAGUCCUCUCAAUGAAAACAGCACAGAUGAGGGUUCAGAGAAGGCUGAUGCUUCAUCGGUCUCUGAUAGUACAUCAUCAUCAUCCGAGGAUUCAGAUUCUAGUAAUGAAGACUGAUUCCCAGACUCUGCACUUAAAUUAUGAACUGAUUUUGGAUUUUUUUCUUUAAUUAUUAAUUGUAAAUACCCCAGUGUUGAGUGCAUAAAUAACUUACUGACCGAACAUUUCAGUUAUUUGUUUAGAAGUGCAAACUGCUUUCAGAGACGUUUUGCAUGUAAUAUUUCUUAAGAUUCAUAAGUUUCUGAACUCGUAUGUACUAUCAAAUACAUAAAGGUGUAAAAUUACAA